AUUAAAGUUGGCCAAAGAUUCAGUUCGUUCUUCACUUCUGCUUCUGCUUCUAUUUGUUCUCACAGGAGACCUUAUGAUAGGAGUAACAAAUUCAACAGAAGUCACAUUUCCUAAUAAUCAG